UGCCAGCUCACGGGUGCAUAGAUUAACGAGGGCUGUAAUGAGGUUUGGGGGUUAGUAACAUCUGGCUAAAGUACUGUAGUCAGGCAUUCUUGCGGAUCAUCUUUGAAGUGCAGUCCGAGCCGAGUCCAAUCUCAAGGACAGUCACCCCCAUCUCUGUCCCACCAAACAUGCACAGCGCGCCAUCGCCGACCGUCGAGCACACACGUCGCGGUGUCCAGCAUACAUCCUUCUGCCUGAUUCAGGAGGGGCGGAUAAACUCGGCUCGUCUCGCUUCCGACCACCAACCGACACUGCCAUCGACGCCACCACGAACACCCCACUCGUCUCACCACAUCAUCGCUCAUGUCGUUUCUCGAGACCCGCGUCCCGCCACCGCUCGUCGCCGCCAUCUGCGGCUACGGAAUCACGGCCCUUGCGGCCCGUUUCCCGGAGUACACGCGCGACGUCCCGCACCGCCCGUAUGUCGCCGGCGGCAUCGCGGCAGUCGGCCUCGCGAUCCAGCUGAGCGCCGUGUUCACGUUCCGGCGGCACCAGACGACCGUGAACCCCUUCACGCCGGACAAGUCAUCCUCCAUCGUCCGCACCGGCGUGUUCGCACUCACCCGCAACCCCAUGUACCUCUCGCUGUGCAUGGCCCUCGCCGGAUGGAGCGUGUACAAGCGCGCACCGAUUGGCGUGGCCGCCAUCGCCGCCUUUGUUGCGUACAUUACCCGCUUCCAGAUCAUUCCGGAGGAGCGGGCGCUGAGCAAGAACUUUGGAGCCGAGUACGCCGACUACCUCAAGAGCGUGCGGCGGUGGAUCUGAGAGUUGAAGCAGGAUGAAUGUCUGGUUUCAACAACAGGAACUGCGACGCGCAACCGAAUAUACGAUAGUACGAUCUCAUGUAU